UCACUUCGACAUGACCAUCAUUAGUGUCACAAACAAUAACAUUACGCACGGUUUACAUUCCACAUUGCUGCUCUGUAGCGUACGUGUGUUUAAUGGAUUUCAAUUUUGGUUAUUUCCAACGAAUAUCAUCUUUUUUAACGUUUCAUUGGAAAGGGAAAAAUUGGAAAUUUUAAUUAAGACAAGACGUAGCAUGUUAACUCGCACACCGACGAAUGACCUUAGUGCAAAUGUACGUCCACAAUACAAAAUCGCGUGUACCAUGCACAGAAGCCACAGGCACACACGCACCCAUACAUUGGCACGUUGAUUUGUAUACCGAAGCAAAUGGAGAGAUACCAACACGCAUCAAUUGGAUGACGAACAGUAGACAACCCACUUACUUUCAUAAAACAGCUAAGCGACUAUUUACCUCUGUUGAAUUUUCAUACACACGCACGGAGGACAAGGUUCUGAAGAAAGUUGGAUAAACAACCAAUUUCCCUGGUCCCAAAAACAUACACGAGAAAAAUUCCAACAUAUUUUCACAUUGAACUCGACAAGUGAUGUCAAUGUGGAAUAUUCGGGCCCAGCUGAUUUGUUGUGUUUUGUAAUUUGCAUGUGUAUUCCGAAAGUUGAUUGAUGAAAAACACUCAAUUGAUAUAAAAAAAAAUCUCUUUCAAGCGAAAAUAAACGCAUAAAUCAAGUGACAGUGUACAAAAUAUUCGGGUCAUUCUCUUUCACGAUGUGCGACGUGUGCCUGUGAACAAAAACAACCGAAAACAACAACAAAAACUCAUUGCACUGUGUGUGGUGGUGUUUUACAAUUUCCAAGAUAAACAUAUGGUUUCAUCGAUUGUGCAUAUUUGUUGCGUCGUGUGUUGUGCAUGAAUUUAUUGCGGGGUGUAAAAUUACGUAGUUCUCGUCUCUUUCUUGGGCCGCUAACGUGUCAUUUCAACUAAUUAAACGUCGAUGUUUUUUUUUUUAUUAUUAUUUUUGACAAGUGAUAGUAUCGCUGUGUGUUGUGUAUACAACGGAAUUGAAUAAUUCAUUUGCUGUAAUAAACAUAUAUUGAAGGCAGUUUUUAUCGUCGUCGACGUAGUCGUCAAAAGAGAGCUGUCGCUAGCAUGCUAGACUAAUCAAUAAGUUUUGUGUGAAGUGAAAGUCAUAAAAAACCGCAAGAAGAAAACCCAACGAUGUUCAAUGCAUUCAAAAAGUUGGCAUCCAGACAAGAUGCACCGCCAGCUGGCGCAAAUGCGACGCCAAAUGGGAUCAACACCACUGCAUCGCCAGCAAAUGCGUCAUGCAUUCCUAUGUCCGGGUCACUGCAACGCAAAUUCGCCAAAGGCGUUCAAUACAACAUGAAAAUCAUCAUCAAAGGCGAUCGAAAUGUAGGCAAAUCGUGCUUGUUGGAACGGUUACAGGGUAGAGGUUUCAUCGAAGCGUACACACCGUCGGAAGAAAUAAAUGUGGCCUCGAUUCAAUGGUCGUUCAAAGCAACGGAGGAUGUGGUCAAAGUUGAAGUAUGGGAUGUUGUUGAUCGUGGCAAAGCCAGAGCACGACCAACCGGUUUGAAACUCUCAACAGGAAAUGCUCCAAUCCCCGAACAACCGGCACUUGAUGCCGAAUUUUUAGACGUCUACAAAGGUACACACGGUGUCAUUCUGAUGAUGGAUAUCACGAAAAAUUGGACCUUUGAAUAUGCGUCGAAAGAACUUCCAAAAAUACCCAGCGAUAUUCCAGUGCUCUUGCUCGGAAACCAUUGCGAUAUGGCACAUCAUCGAGUCAUUACACAAGGUCAAGCCAUCGGACUCAUUGAAGGAUUGGGACCGCGCAGCGCCGAAGUAUUGUACGGCGAAAGUUCAAUGCGAAAUGGAUUUGGUCUUCGAUUUCUCCACAAAUUCCUUAGCUUACCGUUCUUGCAGUUGCAGCGUGAGACGUUGACGGCACUUUUGACUCGAAAUAAACGAGACACGGAAGUGUGUAGCCUAGAAUUAGCCGAAUAUUUGAGUUCACCCGAUACCGAUUACAAUACAUUUUUGGAGAAUUUGGUAAAUAAGCGUCGUCAAAUCGCCGAUGCGAAUCCAAAGAAUUUGACUCAUUUCUCGGGCAAUUCCAUGAGUUCUUCCGUACCGCAAAAUCCACAAUCGCCAAUAAAUUCGGCCGUUCAAUUGAAUCCAGAGCUUCGUGCUACCAAGAGUAUAAUCAUUGGUGCUGGUCAACCGAUCGUUGUGCCGGGCCAACGUCCAAUCGAUAGUCGAUCGAUGAAUGUGAAUCCAUUGAAAACUACAUCCAAUAUAAUGUUGCCAAAACCAGUCAAUAAUGAGGCUAAUGGUGCAGUUCAAUACUCAGCAGCACCGAUGCGUGCUCCAAACAAUGACGGCGGUGGCAAAGUGACGAGUGUUGAAGAAUUUUGUCCAGAUGGUGGUACAUUGGACAAAGGAUUUUUGGAUGAUUUGCCUUUUGUAUCGGCGGAUGGUCGACAAGGUGAUGUAAAUUACGAUUCAGACAGUGAUAGCAAUGAUACUGGCAAUCCUCUUGUGGCCAAAUUCCAUGAUGAUCCAUUCGAUGAUGAUGUAUCAAUACUGAAGGCUCAAACCACACAAGCACCAUCUAAAUCCGAACCCAAAAUCAAUCCACUUGCUAAAAAGCAGAACAAAGGUUUGAGCCCAAGUUUGAUUCCGCACGAUUUAAGCUUGGUAUUACCAUCGAAACAGCAACGACGCAGCUCCAAUUCCAGUGAUGACAUUGAGAUUCCGCACAUUUUAAAGGCGAAAACCAACGACAACAGCUCAGAUGGUCAAUCGAAUGAAGAGUUUGAUAGUUGGCUAUCAGACACAAAUCAACGACGAUCACCUGAAGGUGGAGAAGAUGAAGCGUCGCUGCCGAGCAUUGAUAAGUCGAUCACGAUUAGCGCUGUAACUUCCAAAUUGGAUCGACUUCAAUUGGUCGACGGUGACGGUGUUGAAGACGGCGAGAAAGUCACUAAAGACAAGAGCUCAAAGAGUAAAAAAAAGAAGAAGGAAAAGAAAGAGAAAAAAGACAAAAGCGACAAAGAGAAAAAACGUAGUAAGUCAAAGAAAUCCACCGCUGACGAACUUCUUACCGAAGGUAAAGAUCAUCUAAGUCAUUCUGAUCGCCAGGCCAACGAUGUCAGCACCGCCGCCGAGGACGAUCAAUACGAAGCCUUGUAAUUUUUGUUGUUGUUGACUUUUUUUGUCUAUUUUGUUUUUCAUUGCGAAAAUUAUUGCAAAUUUUACAUAUGAAAUUAAAAACAGAAAUCGUUUCAACACAUUUCGAUCAAAUAUUCCAUUCACAAACAAGAAGCUAAGCAAAUUAUAAAUUAAAAAAGAAAAUCAUUUUAAAGAAAUUGUAGAUGUUUUAAAGAAACACAAAAAAAAAUCCAGUUUAUAAAUUAUAAGAAUAAAUGUUUCAAUGUACAA